UUGUGGUUGUUAGUGCGGUGUGGUGCAAGGGCUCGUAUCGCUAUUUCUAAUGGCUCUUUCCUUUUCCUGCCUUAUCGUCCCCUUCUUCAUCUUCUUCCUUUUUCCCAAUCUUUCUUGCCCAUGCCCAUCGAAUCUAACAUGCGGUGGUGUUUUUAUACCAAUAAGAUCUCCUUUCUACGCAGACGCCGCUCCUCCUGAAUGCAGAGAGCAUCACACGGUCUCGUGCGAGGGCUCCAUACCAAUCAUCCAAUUUUAUGGGCAUUGGCCCCCGUAUAUCGUGAAGAAAAUCAACUACACUGAUCGGUCAAUCAUAAUUCAGGACCAUGAGGUCAGGAAUAACUUGCAGAUACCAGAUUGCAUUUUCCUUUAUGAAUUUUAUCCCUCUAUUCCCCUACUCGAGACCACAUUCCUUCCUCCAUCUGUAAGACAGAACCAGUGCUCCAAUUGCAAAGGGGAUGAUUACGAUAUUUGCACCGACUUCUUCCAUGAACUCGAUUAUCGUAAUUUUUGCAAAGAUCACGAGAUCUACUUUUCCAGCAAAUUAGAGGAUGAAGGAUCUGGUCAGGAUGAGUGUCGGGCCAGUCGAAGCCCAUCGUUUGUAUGGAAGCUAUCCUUCACUUUCCAUUUCCAUCAUGGCCUUUUUCUACAAUUUGCCGCUAACUACUUGCAUCUGUGGGACAUUGACUGGGGUUGCUUCAAGCAUAAUACUGCAGGCAAUUCUAGGUGCCUUGGCGUUUAUGAAUGCCAAAGAAAAAGCAAUACGAGGACGAAGAUUGCAAUAGGAGUUGGAGUAGCCGUGGGUGGCUUGGUUGCUGUAGGCUUGCUCUGCCUUCUAUGGUACAAGCACAGUAAGAGGAAGCAGCGUUUGACCUCUUCAAUCCUGCUUGGCCCAGCUGCCUCUUCUGAGUCAUCCUUCAACAGAGGCCCCAAAUUGGGCAGCCCACAAUACCAAACCCCCAUCUUCUCAUACGAGGAGCAUGACGAGGCCACUAACGGCUUCAGUACCUCCAGAGAUCUUGGUGGCGGCGGCUUUGGUAUUGUUUACCAAGGAAAGCUCCGAGAUGGGCGUGUAGUCGCAGUCAAGCGACUCUAUAAUCACAACUUGAAGCAUGUCGAUCAGUUCAUGAAUGAGGUUGAAAUCCUCUCACGCCUUCGCCACCAGAACCUUGUCUCCUUCUACGGCUGCACCUCGCGCCGCAGCCGUGAACUUCUACUGGUGUAUGAGUACGUGCCCAAUGGCACUGUCGCGGAUCACCUCCAUGGCUCCCGUGCACAGGACCGAGCACUUACAUGGCCCAUCCGUAUGAGCAUUGCCAUUGAAACAGCUGAUGCGCUCGCCUACCUCCAUGCUGUCGAACCACAUUUUAUACACCGGGAUGUGAAGACCAGCAACAUCUUGCUUGACAGCAGCUUCCAUGUGAAAGUUGCUGAUUUUGGACUGUCACGGCUCUUCCCACUCGACGCCACCCAUAUAUCUAUCGGUCCGCAAGGCACCACGGGUUAUGUUGAUCCUUUCUAUCACCAGUGCUACCAGCUCACGGACAAGAGUGAUGUCUAUAGAUUUGGGGUAGUACUAGCAGAGCUUAUAUCAGCAAAACCGGCUGUCGACACCAAUAGGACACUUCAUGAGAUUAAUUUGUCCAACAUGACAAUUAGUAAGAUCCAGAAUUGCCAACUGGAGCAGCUGGUGGAUCCAAAUCUCGGGUAUCAGUCAGAUUGGGAGAUGAAGACGAUGAUCACCCUGGUGGCUGAGCUAGCAUUCAGGUGCUUGCAAUUAGAGAGGGAGAUGAGACCAACAAUUAAGGAGGUUCUGGAGGUGUUGAGAGAGAUAGGGAAUGGAGAGUGUAAGACCAAGAAAGUGGUGGAGGCUGAUGUUCCAGUGAGGGAAGACGCCAUCUUACUGAAAAAUGUUCUACCUUAUUCCCCCGAUUCUGAUAUGGGGAGAUGGGAAUGCAGGUCGACAACACCUCAUACUAGUGAGUGA